AUGAGGCGUAGAGUAGAGGGGAGGAUAUCAGGUUGGUAUAAACAAGUGACAGACUACAGAGUGGAAGAUAAACAAAUAACUGCCGCCGGAGGAAUGCUCACUGACCAGCGCCUCAACCCCAAUCUAAACUGUUCUCGGGAGUACAUCCACUCCAGAUGGACUUCUCGUGUUCCUCUCCUUCCCUUCCCUCUCUCAUUUGUACACAUUUCUCCCUCACUCUCUUACCCACCCUCACUCUCUCUCUCUCUCUCUCCUUAUAGCCUUUACCUCACAAACCUCUUCCGAAGCCAUUACUACCCGGCUCUCUUCCUGA